UUUCUGGAUACGACUGAUGGAAACAAACCGAAACAGAACGACGAUUGUGAAAAUCUAAAUUUUUGCUUGAAAAUGAAUUCGUAAAGUGAUACAGUUUAGUUAGAUUGUAAGUGUAAGGUGUAGUCUGUUUUGUAACAAAGUUGUACAGAUAUUUACUGUAUCCGGUGACCGAAUCGAGGGCAGAAUGACUUUCCUCAGUCUACUGAGCUACUUCUCCCUGCUGGUGCAGAUCUGCUUCGUAACGGUGUCCAUAGCUGCUGGCUUGUACUACCUUGCCGAGCUGGUGGAGGAAUACACGGUCAUGGCCAAAAAGGUCAUCACCUGGAUGAUAAUGGGCUCCGUUCUGUUGUACAUAAUUUUCAUCUUCACCGAACGUUUCACUUGGACACUAAUACUCUGCGGCCUGGGAGCACAGGCCCUGCAUGCAGCUAUCCUCAAGAACUUUCCGUACGUGAAGUUCCUUUCACCUUGCUUUCUAGGCGCUGUGAUACUACUCCUAGUCAACCACUACUUGGCAUUCAUCUAUUUCCAACAGCAAUUCCAUCCAUUCACAGAGGUCAUGGCCUACUUUACGUUGUGCUUGUGGCUGGUGCCAUUUGCGCUGUUUGUGUCUCUCUCGGCCAAUGACAACGUCCUUCCGACGAGCAACGAGAGGACGCAUCUGCUAAGCGACAACGACGUGGUGACAAACUACUUCUCCAGCCGGAAGAAGAUCGGGUUGCUUUCUUUGUUCAACUACGCGAAGGAAUCGCUCCUCCCGGAGCGCAACAAGAAGGCAUUUUAAAUUUUACUCAAACGAUCUCCCAUACUACCAUUGCGAUAAAACUCUGCGCCAGUUGAACGAAUUGUUGAGAUUUUGAAUUGAAGAUGAAGCAAAGCAACCAUUGCUGUUAUAGGAGACAACAAGAAACGUCCAGCCCAAACAAGCUUUAUACCUCGGGCAGACAUGUGAAACUUAAAUCAAAUCUUUGUCAUG